CUUUUAUCAUCAAAGCAAUGAAUCUCUUUUUCAGAAUCAAUAAUUAAUCAUCACUUUGCAAGUUGAAACUUGUGGGCAUAUAUUAAGUCACAAAGAUUCAUAUUGCUCCAUAACUUAAAUAACCCUAGAUCCCAAGCAACACUUGAUUAUUAAUCGAUGGAAAGAGUAUUUUCCUUCAAAAUGAUGAUAGAUAAAGCCUUGCAUCCUUUAGUUGCAUCUCUUUUUUUUGUAAUCUGGUUUGGAGGAUCACUUCCCUAUGCCUAUGCUCAGCUGACUCCCACAUUCUACGAUGGAACAUGCCCGAAUGUGAGCACCAUCAUUCGAGGAGUCCUUGCUCAGGCUUUGCAGACAGAUCCCAGGAUUGGAGCCAGCCUCAUUCGACUUCAUUUCCAUGAUUGUUUUGUUGAUGGUUGUGAUGGAUCAAUUCUUUUGGACAACACUGAUACUAUAGAGAGUGAGAAAGAAGCUGCUCCAAAUAAUAAUUCAGCAAGGGGUUUUGAUGUUGUUGAUAACAUGAAGGCUGCAGUAGAGAAUGCUUGCCCUGGGAUAGUUUCUUGUGCUGAUAUUCUCGCCAUUGCAGCUGAAGAGUCUGUUCGUUUGGCAGGAGGACCCUCAUGGACAGUUCCUUUGGGAAGAAGAGACAGCUUAAUAGCAAACAGAAGUGGUGCUAAUUCUUCCAUUCCGGCUCCCUCCGAGAGCCUUGCUGUUCUCAAAUCCAAGUUUGCAGCCGUGGGCCUCAACACCAGUAGUGACCUGGUUGCCCUUUCAGGUGCUCACACAUUUGGAAGAGCUCAAUGUUUAAAUUUCAUCAGUAGAUUGUAUAAUUUUAGUGGCAGUGGCAAUCCUGAUCCAACAUUGAACACAACCUAUCUAGCAGCACUUCAACAAUUAUGUCCUCAAGGUGGAAAUCGGAGUGUUUUAACAAACCUUGAUCGCACUACACCCGAUACUUUCGAUGGCAACUAUUUUUCCAAUCUUCAAACCAAUGAAGGCCUGCUUCAGAGUGAUCAAGAGUUGUUCUCUACUACAGGUGCCGAUACCAUUGCCAUUGUCAACAAUUUUAGUAGUAAUCAGACUGCAUUCUUUGAAAGCUUUGUGGUGUCCAUGAUUAGAAUGGGGAAUAUUAGCCCCUUAACUGGGACAGAUGGAGAGAUCAGAUUGAAUUGCAGAAUAGUCAACAACUCAACUGGAUCAAAUGCUCUUCUGGUUAGCUCAAUUUAAAUGAGAAGACAAGAUUGAGAUCAAAUAAAUGUCUGUAUGAUAUGCAGCUAGCUAGCAUCUUGGAAUGAAAAGGCUACAUGAAGCAAGCCGGAGUCAUACUUCUAUGUAUCUAUAUAUGGUUCUCUAUUUCAGUAGUUUACGCAUGCUGCCUCCAAAUCUGUGUGUCUGUUGCAAUUAAGCUUUGAGAAGCAUAGCCUCAUGAGUUGUAGAUGCUCUUCUACUAGAUAAUGUUUAGUGCUCCCUAAUGCAUUCUCUCUUGUCAUCA